GGACGGGCGCCUGCUGCCAGCCCCGCCAGCCGAACCGAACCGAGCUUGGGUUGCUGCGGACAAAGGCGGCGGGCAUGGCGGUGGGGGGUGGCUGAGCCGCGGCGCCGAUCGGAGCGGAGCGGGGCUGCCUCCGCGGCGGGGCCAGCGCGGCCAUGGGGUUCCUGCACCAGCUCCAUCUCCUGCUCUGGAAGAACGUGACGCUGAAGCGGCGCAGCCCGUGGGUGCUGGCCUUCGAGAUCUUCAUCCCGCUGGUGCUCUUCUUCAUCCUUCUGGGGCUGAGGCAGAAGAAGCCGACCAUCCCCGUGAAGGAAGUCUCUUUCUACACGGCGGCCCCGCUCACCUCAGCCGGGAUCCUGCCUGUCAUGCAGUCCCUGUGUCCCGACGGCCAGCGCGAUGAGUUUGGCUUCCUGCAGUACUCCAACUCCACGGUGACACAGCUCCUGGAGCACCUCACUGAGGUGGUGGAGCAGAGCAACUUGUUUGACCCAGAGCACCCAGGUCUAGAGGAGGAGCUGGAAUCCCUGCGCCGGCGCCUGGAGGCCCUCAGCAGCAGUGAGCCCAGCUCCAUGGAGACCCACUUCAGCAACCAGGCAGGAUCUGGUUUCACACUGGGGUGGGCUGCUAAGGAUCGGGGGGAGCUGCACCGCUUUCUCACACAGAACUUGUCCCUCCCCAAUGGCACAGCCGAGCUGCUCCUGGGCUCCAGCGUUGACCUGCGGGAGGUGUACCGCCUGCUGUUUGGGACCUCUCCUUUGGCACCUGAUGACACUUAUGAGCGAGACCUGUGGGAUCGGUUUGGACGCAGUGAGAAGAUGGCACAGCUGGAGAAGAGCCUCCCCAGCGGCUGGAAGAGCCUGCGGGAGGGGCUGGUCCACAGGGCCCUGCGUGACCCCUCUGCAGCCUUGCAGCGGCUGGCAUUGCUCCGUCUGCUGUCCCAGGCCCUGGGCCUCGCCAGUGCCGCUGCAGCCCCCACUGGCUCCUACAGUCCCCAGGCCUUUGUUGCUGAGAUGGAGCGCAUCCUCUUCACGGCGCCGGUCCUGGAGCAGCUGACCUGUGGGCAGAGAUCAGGGAUGCUGCGCCGCCUCCUGCGCGUGGCUCCCGGCCAGCAGCCGCUGCUGCAGACGUACCGAGUGCUGGUGUGCAACGGCAGCCGGGCAGCGCGCGAGGAGCGCUUUGCUCAGCUGGCUGCUGAGCUGCGGGACCAGGUGGACACCCCCAAGAUUGUCAGCAGGCUGCAGCUGGAUGAGGUGAACAGCACAGCAGCCCAGCACCGGCUCCGCACGCUCCUGGAAGACAUCGUAGAGAUAGAGAAGGUUCUCCGUGACAUGGACAUCCUCUCAGCUCUGGCCAGGCUCCUGCCCAGGGGGGCAUGUGCCACCAAGGCUCCGCUGCCCACAGCCAACAGCACUGGCUGGGCCAGUGCAAAUGCCACUUCCAGCAACACCACAACGGAGGAGGAGGGUGCCGGGGGGGACCCGACAGGCAGUGACAACCCCCAGGGGCAGUUCUCAGCCUUUGUGCAGCUCUGGGCUGGGCUGCAGCCCAUCCUCUGUGGCAACAACCGGACCAUUGAACCUGAGGCACUGAAGCAGGGCAACAUGAGCUCUCUGGGCUUCACCAGCAAGGAGCAGCGAAACCUGGGCCUCCUUGUGCAUCUUAUGACCAGCAACCCCAAAAUCCUGUAUGCGCCUGUGGGUACUGAAGUGGACAAGGUCAUCCUGAAGGCCAAUGAGACCUUUGCCUUUGUUGGUAACGUCACCCACUAUGCCAAGGUGUGGCUGAACAUCUCCCCUGAGAUCCGGACCUACCUGGAGGAGGGCAGGCUGCAGAGACGCAUCCGCUGGCUGCAGCAGUUCACCACUGACCUCCGCAAGCACCCAGAAAUCCUGAACGUCUCCGACAACGACCUUCUGCACAGCUUUCUCAAUGGCAACUUCUCCCUGCCCAAUGCCAGUGUCCUGCUCCAGCAGCUGGACACCAUUGAUAAUGCUGCCUGUGGCUGGGUCCACUUCAUGGCCAAGGUCAGCGUGGACAUCUUCAAGGGCUUCCCAGAUGAGGAGAGCAUCGUCAACUACACACUGAACCAGGCCUACCAGGACAACGUCACGGUCUUUGCCAGUGUGAUCUUCCAGACCAACAAGGAUGGCUCACUGCCCCCGCAUGUCAUGUAUAAGAUCCGGCAGAAUUCCAGCUUCACCGAGAAGACCAAUGAGAUCCGGCGGGCAUAUUGGCGGCCUGGUCCCAACACUGGGGGCCGCUUCUAUUUCCUCUAUGGCUUUGUCUGGAUCCAGGAUAUGAUGGAGCGUGCCCUCAUCAACACGUUUGUUGGCCAUGAUGUGGUGGAACCAGGCAACUAUGUGCAGAUGUUCCCAUAUCCAUGUUACACACGUGAUGACUUUCUCUUCGUCAUCGAGCAUAUGAUGCCUCUGUGCAUGGUGAUCUCCUGGGUUUACUCAGUGGCCAUGAUGAUCCAACAUAUUGUGACAGAGAAGGAACAUCGCCUGAAAGAGGUGAUGAAGAUGAUGGGCUUGAACAAUGCGGUGCAUUGGGUAGCUUGGUUCAUCACCGGCUUUGUCCAGCUCUCCAUCUCAGUCACAGCACUCACCGCCAUCCUGAAGUAUGGCAAGGUCCUGAUGCACAGCGACGUCCUCAUCAUCUGGCUCUUUCUUGCCAUCUAUGCUGUAGCAACCAUCAUGUUUUGCUUCCUAGUGUCGGUGCUCUACUCCAAGGCCAAGCUGGCUUCUGCCUGUGGUGGCAUCAUCUAUUUCCUCAGCUAUGUGCCCUACAUGUAUGUGGCCAUCCGGGAGGAGGUGGCUCAUGAUAAGAUCACAGCAUUUGAGAAGUGCAUCGCGUCUCUCAUGUCCACCACAGCAUUUGGGCUGGGCUCCAAGUACUUUGCGCUGUACGAGGUGGCUGGUGUGGGCAUCCAGUGGCACACCUUCAGCCAGUCACCUGUGGAAGGAGAUGACUUCAACCUCCUGCUGUCCAUGAUGAUGCUGAUCAUUGAUGCUGUGGUGUAUGGGGUGCUCACGUGGUACAUUGAGGCUGUGCACCCAGGCAUGUUCGGCCUCCCGCGGCCCUGGUACUUCCCCUUCCAGAAGUCCUACUGGCUGGGCAACGGGCGAGUGGAGACCUGGGAGUGGACAUGGCCCUGGUCCCGCACCACGCGCCUCAGCAUCAUGGAGGAGGAUCAGGCCUGUGCCAUGGAGAGCAGGAGGCUGGAGGAGACACGGGGCAUCGAGGAGGAGCCGACCCACCUCCCCUUGGUUGUCUGCAUUGACAAGCUCACCAAGGUCUACAAAACCGACAAGAAGCUGGCAUUGAACAAGCUGAGCCUCAACCUCUAUGAGAACCAGGUGGUGUCCUUCCUGGGGCACAAUGGUGCAGGCAAGACCACCACCAUGUCCAUCCUGACUGGCUUAUUUCCACCAACCUCGGGCUCCGCUACCAUCUAUGGUCAUGAUAUCCGGACAGAGAUGGAUGAGAUCCGGAAAAACUUGGGCAUGUGUCCGCAGCACAACGUGCUCUUUGACAGACUGACAGUGGAGGAGCACCUCUGGUUCUACUCACAACUCAAGAGCAUGGCAGAGGAGGAGAUCCGCAAGGAGAUGGACAAGAUGAUUGAGGAUCUGGAGCUCUCCAACAAACGCCAUUCCUUAGUGCAGACCCUCUCAGGGGGCAUGAAGAGAAAACUGUCAGUGGCCAUUGCCUUUGUGGGUGGAUCCAAGGUUGUGAUCCUGGAUGAGCCCACAGCCGGAGUUGACCCGUAUGCGCGCAGAGCCAUCUGGGACCUCAUCCUCAAGUACAAGCCAGGGAGGACCAUCCUGCUGUCCACCCAUCACAUGGAUGAGGCAGACAUGCUGGGCGACCGCAUUGCCAUCAUCUCCCAUGGCAAGCUCAAGUGCUGCGGCUCCCCACUCUUCCUCAAGAGCACCUAUGGUGAUGGCUACAAGCUGACUGUGGUAAAGAGGCAGUCGGACACCAGGAACAGUGCAGAGCCCGGCCAGCCCCACAGUCCUCCAGGCCACUCGUCCAUCAGCCCCUGCUCCGAGCCCCGCGUCUCUCAGUUCAUCAAGAAGUACGUGGCCUCCUGCCUCCUGAUCUCAGAUACCAACACCGAGCUCUCCUACAUCUUGCCCAGUGAGGCCGUCAAGAAGGGCUGCUUCGAGAGGCUCUUCCAGCACUUGGAGCAGAGCCUGGAGGAGCUGGACCUCACCAGUUUUGGGCUGAUGGACACCACUCUUGAGGAGGUCUUCCUGAAAGUAUCUGAGGAAGACCAGUCCCUGGAGAACAGCGAUGUGGCUCCCCUUCUUCCAGACAUGAAGGAGUCCAAGAAGGAUGCCCUGCAGCCGCCCCUCCCUGAGCUGGACCCGAAGCCAGAGGCCAACAGGGAGCCACUGGCUGAGGUGGAUGAGCCUGAGAAGCCCGAAGUGGAGCUCAGCAACCUGGUGACCUGCUCCAAGCUAGCACAGUCACAGGCAUCCCUGCAUUCGGCCUCCUCGGUGGGCUCCAUACGGGGUGAUGAAGGUGGGGCUUAUUCCGAGUUCUUUGGGGAUUACUCUCCAUUGUUUGACAGUCGUCAGGACCCUGAUAACAUCAGUCUGCAAGACCAAGAGGCUGAUGUGGAGGCAGAGGACCACGACCUGGCUGGGCAGGGGAGCUUCAAGCUGGAGGGCUCAUGGCUGAAGCUGCGCCAGUUCCAUGGACUAAUUGUCAAACGCUUCCACUGUGCCAAGCGCAACACCAAGGCCCUCUUCUCUCAGAUCCUCCUGCCUGCCUUCUUUGUCUGCGUGGCCAUGACUGUGGCACUCUCUGUGCCUGAAAUAGGUGACCUGCCACCCCUCAUCCUCUCCCCAUCACAGUACCACAACUACACCCAGCCCAAGGGCAAUUUCAUUCCUUAUGCCAAUGAGGAACGGCGUGAGUACCGCCUUAGACUGUCUCCUGAUGCAAGCCCUCAGCAGCUGGUGAACACCUUCCACCUGCCCUCUGGCAUAGGGGCCACCUGCGUGCUCAAGACAGCCUUCAACAACACACUGGACCAGCCCAUGCAGACCCUGAACCUCAACAGCAACGAGUCCAAGAUGCUGGCAGCUAAGUACUUUGAUGCUAUGUGUAUUGACUCCUUCACCCAGGGCCUGCCGCUCUCCAACUUCGUGCCACCACCUCCAUCCCCAGCACCUUCUGACUACCCUGUCUCAAUGGAUGAGGACCUGCUGCGUGCCUGGAACUCCACAACCUUCUCUACCAUCAAAGAGACUGUCACCUCUGCCCCCUCCCUGCCCCGCAUCAUCCAUGAGCCCAUCAAGUGCACGUGCUCCAUGCAGGGGACUGGCUUCUCAUGCCCCAGUGGCGUGGGGGGCCACCCCCCACAGAUGAAGGUGGUGACAGGGGACAUCCUGGCAGACAUCACAGGGCGCAACGUCUCCGAGUACCUGCUCUACACCUCGGACCGCUUCCGGCUGCACAGGUAUGGAGCACUCACCUUUGGUAAUGUCCAGAAAUCCAUCCCAGCUUCCUUUGGGGCCAGAGCUCCUGCCACGGUGCGCAAGAUUGCAGUCCGUAGAACAGCCCAGGUCUUCUACAACAACAAGGGCUACCACAGCAUGCCCACCUACCUCAACGCUCUCAACAAUGCCAUCCUGAGAGCCAACUUGCCCAAGAGCAAAGGCAACCCUGCUGCCUAUGGCAUCACAGUCACCAACCAUCCUAUGAACAAGACCAGCGCCAGCCUGUCCCUGGAUUAUCUCCUGCAAGGCACAGAUGUGGUGAUUGCCAUCUUCAUCAUCGUGGCCAUGUCCUUUGUGCCAGCCAGCUUUGUGGUGUUCCUGGUGGCUGAGAAGGCCACCAAGGCCAAACACCUGCAGUUUGUGAGUGGCUGUGACCCUGUCAUCUACUGGCUGGCCAACUACGUGUGGGAUAUGCUGAACUACCUGGUGCCGGCCACGUGCUGUAUCAUAAUCCUGUUCGUGUUUGACCUCCCAGCAUACACCUCUCCCACCAACUUCCCUGCUGUCCUCUCACUCUUCCUGCUGUAUGGCUGGUCCAUCACUCCCAUCAUGUACCCUGCCUCCUUCUGGUUUGAGGUGCCCAGCUCCGCCUAUGUCUUCCUCAUCGUCAUCAACCUCUUCAUUGGCAUCACAGCCACUGUUGCCACGUUCCUGCUGCAGCUAUUUGAGCAUGACAAGGAUUUGAAGCUGGUGAACAGCUACCUGAAGAGCUGCUUCCUUGUAUUCCCUAACUACAACCUGGGCCAUGGCUUGAUGGAGAUGGCCUACAAUGAAUACAUCAAUGAAUACUAUGCCAAGAUUGGGCAAUUUGAUAAAAUGAAAUCACCCUUUGAAUGGGACAUCGUGACGCGAGGGCUGGUUGCCAUGACAAUCGAAGGCUUUGUGGGCUUCUUCAUCACCAUCAUGUGCCAAUACAACUUCUUCCGGAAGCCUCAGCGGCUCCCAGUCUCCACCAAACCCAUUGAAGAUGACAUCGAUGUGGCCAAUGAGCGGCACCGCGUCCUGCGCGGCGAUGCUGACAACGACAUGCUGAAGAUUGAAAACCUCACCAAGGUUUACAAGUCCCGCAAAAUUGGGCGCAUCCUGGCUGUGGACCGGCUGUGUGUGGGUGUGCGGCCAGGAGAGUGCUUCGGGCUGCUGGGUGUCAAUGGUGCGGGGAAGACCACCACCUUCAAGAUGCUGACGGGGGAUGAGAGCACGACAGGAGGAGAGGCCUUCGUUAAUGGACACAGCAUCCUGAAAGAGCUCCUGCAGGUCCAGCAGAGCUUGGGCUACUGCCCCCAGUUUGAUGCGCUCUUUGAUGAGCUGACAGCCCAGGAGCACCUGGAGCUCUACACGCGCCUGCGCGGCAUCCCUUGGAAGGACGAGGAGAGGGUGGUGAAGUGGGCACUGAAGAAGCUUGAACUGACCAAGUACGCUGACAAGCCUGCCAGCACCUACAGCGGGGGCAACAAGAGGAAGCUGUCCACAGCCAUCGCUCUUAUUGGAUACCCAGCCUUCAUCUUCCUGGAUGAGCCUACUACAGGGAUGGACCCCAAGGCACGGCGCUUCCUCUGGAACCUCAUCCUGGAUGUCAUCAAGACGGGCCGCUCCGUAGUGCUCACAUCCCACAGCAUGGAGGAAUGCGAGGCGCUCUGUACCCGCUUGGCCAUCAUGGUGAAUGGGCGGCUGAAAUGUCUCGGCAGCAUCCAGCACCUAAAGAACAGGUUUGGUGAUGGCUACAUGAUCACAGUGCGCACAAAGUCCAGCCUCAACGUCAAGGAGGUGGUGAGGUUCUUCAACCGCAACUUUCCUGAGGCCAUCCUCAAGGAGAGGCACCACACUAAGGCGCAGUAUCAGCUCAAAUCGGACCAGAUUUCACUGGCACAGGUCUUCAGCAAGAUGGAGCAGGUGGUGGAUGUGCUGGGCAUUGAGGACUACUCUGUCAGCCAGACCACUCUGGACAAUGUGUUUGUGAAUUUUGCCAAGAAGCAAAGCGACAACCUGGAGCAGCAAGAGACGAGCCCCAGCUGUGCCCUGCAGUCCCCCUGGGAGCGCGUGCUGAGCCUGCUGCGUCCGCGGGCUACACCCACGGAGCUGCGGGCCCUGGUGGUGGAGGAGCAGGAGGACCUGGAGACAGAUGACGAAGGCCUCAUCAGCUUUGAGGAGGAGAGGGCUCAGCUGUCAUUUAACACGGACACGCUGUGCUGAGGAGCUGAGGAGGAGCCACAUCCCCAGGUUGUGAUGCCAUUGAACACUUUUGCCUUUCCCCUCCUUUCGCCCCCAUCAAGUGGAUGCAGCAGGCAUGGGGAUGUGAAUGGUUUCCUCCUCCUGCCCUGCUGCUGAGGAGGAUGCAGUGGGUGCAGCAUCAGCCCUGAUGGACCCUGCAAGCUGCCACCCCAGCCUGCCUUGUCCCGUUCAGCUCCGGGGCUGUGUCCCUGUGCCAUACCUGGGGUUGCCGUCCUCACCAGCUCGUCGGGCUGACUCAUGCCACGAACAGACUGUGAAGAGAAGGAUAUAAUGCCAGUGCCACCAGCCUCACACAUCCCAGGGUGGAGAGGGAGGCCAGUGAGAGUGGUGCCUUCAGACAGCCACGUUGCACUCACCCCAGGGACUCCUGGCUAUGGAAAUGCCCCUGUUCUGUCCCAGCCCAGGCCUGGCCCUGGUGUGGUCUGAGGAAGGACUGCUGCUUUCUCCUGGUUUCCAUCUCUUGCUGGGCUUGAUGCUGGCCAUGGUAUCACAGGGGCUCAGUGGCCCAGCACGGCAGGGGCUGGAGCUUUGGUGCUUCACCCUCGUUUGAUCGCUGCUGCUGGUGCUGCUGCCAGGACCUUGCUGUGCCCUCACCCCCCUGAGCCCCCUGCUCACUGCCAUGCCCCAGGGCCUGCUCUGUCCUGACUCCCCUGGCUUGCUCUGGGCACUCGGUGCCAUCCCUGGGGCAGGGCACCACCACCUGCACCAAGAGGCACAUGGUGGGGCAGGGGAGUAUUUCACAGGGUAUUUCACACGCUGGCACCAGCUGUUUCUCCCCUCUGCCCCCAACCACGUCCUCCAGGUCCCUGCCCUGCCCCCCUGCCUGCCGCGAGCCCCUGCUUCCUGUGCCCCACAGCAGGCACAGGUCAGUGCUGCAGCUGUGCCACCAUUCUGCUGUCACCCAUCCUGUUCUCCAUGGCCACGGCCCAGUGCAGGAGUGUUGGUUCACUGGAGAUACUGAGAAGGAGCUGCUGCACCCAGGAUGGUUUCUGAGCCUGGAAACAACCUCGAGGGGUAAGGGCAAGGGCAGGGCAGCGCACCAGGGCACUGGUUAUCCUGGCAGCAGUACCCAAGCUGUUAAGCAGGGAAGGACAGCAGCUGGCAGUGGUGCUGUGCCCGUCCAUGUACAGCAUCACCUUGGGCUAGGGCAGGCACUCUCAGGACGGCGGCAGCCCUCCUUUCUGCAAAUGGUCCUGCCACCUGCUCACCCAUGGGGGGCUGUGCCCGACACCUCCAGACUGCAGCUUUUCAGCGGCUCACAGCCACAUCACAGGGGUGACUGCUGAGCCUGGACUGCUAACCUGGCCAACCCCCUGCACCACAGGGCUCCCACCCCCUCCGAGGUGGCCAUGCCCUGCUGCCCAUACUGUGCUGCCUGUGCCCACCUCCCGCCCAGCGUGCAACGGGGCAGCUCCAGCACCCCGGGCUCACUGUGGUGGGGGCAGUGCUGCGGGGGUGUGGGAUGGGGCUGCUGCUGCCCCUGCUCGAGGAUGGACCUGGGGUGGAAGCAAUGCCACCUUGCCCUCUGCUGCGCCCACAGACCGCCAGUCCAGUGUGCCACCUACUAGAGACUGUGAUACAAUAUACAGUAUUUUCAAUAGGGGAAAAACUGGGGGGGGGAGAUAAGCUCUAUUUUCAGAUUUUUCAGACCAUAUAUUUUUUAUGGCAUGCUGGAAACUAGCCAGUCCCUGGGUGGUGCAGGGGGCAAGAGCGAGCGCUUUGGGUUUGCCCUUUGCCACCAGGGAAAGGAGGGACCGUGUCGCCUGUAGGUAUCCAGGUGUGGCCUGGGAGUGGGGACAGCUCAGCCCCCUCCGGGCACCAAAAGGUGGGCACGGCCCCCUGCCCUGCUUCAUUCAGGGCCGUGUGCUCGUCCCACAGCCGCCCUGUUGCUGCACCUGUGGGGCUACUCGUGCAAGGAGACACCUGCGCUCCCACCCGGUGCCGUCCCGCCGCCCUUGGGUGCUCGGCAAAGCCGUUGUGCCCCUCGCAGAGAACCCAGCAGAGCCUGGGGGCCGCGUGCCCUCCCUGCUCCAGGUGCGGGAGGGCCGUGCAGAAAGGUGCCCCACGGCAGCCGGGCUGGAGCGGCACAUUCAUUGCCCAGGGCGGGGUGCCCGCUGCCUUAACACUGUUUGCUUUCCUGAGUUUGGCCCCGCUUCCCAGCUCGCCUCCCCCCGCACCGCCGCAGGAGCAGCUCCUGUGCUAUGCACGGCACCGAGCGUGAGGCACCCCGGUGGGUGAGGGUGCUCCGGAGGAGCCUGUACAUUGCUAGCAUAAAGAAAAAAAGAAAAUGAAAUGUGAAAAUAAUGAUUGUUUUAAAUAAAAAAUAACUGGAGCCAGC